GUGGCGGAGCAGACAGUGAACUUUGUUCAGCAGGAUGGCGUCUACCUGAUCACUUCCUCUCAGCAGGAACACGCUGCAGCUCAAAGUUUCCAACAUGGCAGAGAGGAGAACGGCGCUGAAGGCAGCAGCAGAGCCAGACUUCCUGCAGUUUAAUGAUCUGGCCUGUGAGGCGGUUGGUGGGACGGUGAUUUUUGCCACGGAUGAAUGGUUCGCUCCUGCUGCAAACCUGCUGAAGAGAGAGCCACCACAGUUCGUAGCUUCAGCCUUCACUGAGUUUGGAAAGUGGAUGGAUGGAUGGGAGUCAAGGAGAAAGAGAAUUCCUGGUCAUGACUGGUGCAUCGUCCAGCUUGGAGUGCCAGGGCUGAUCUACGGCAUUGAUGUUGACACAUCCUUCUUCACUGGAAACCACUCGCCCUUUGUCUCCAUCCAGGCCAGCUGUCUGGAUGAAAAACCUCCGUUCACCCUGGAGGGAGACAGAACAGGCAUGGCCGCCUCAGACAGCCAGCUGGCUGCUGUUGCCAAGCUUCGCUCUGAGGCAUGGCCAGAGCUUGUCUCUUUGUCCCAACUGAAGCCUGGUUACGCUGACUGCUGCCAUAACUACUUUAAAGUCAACCUGAACCACCGUGUGACACACUUGCGCCUCAACAUGUUCCCAGAUGGAGGGAUAGCCAGACUGAGGGUUUACGGAGUCGGCCAAAGAGACUGGUCCACUGUACCCUCCGACAAAGAUGUCGACCUGGUGGCUCUGACCAAUGGGGGAGUCUGUCUCGGUUACAGCGACGCCCACUUUGGCCAUCCACGCAAUAUGAUUGGUCUUGGUCGAGCUGUCAAUAUGGCUGAUGGCUGGGAAACUGCCCGAAGACUCGACAGGCCCAAACAACUUGAGGUGGACCAGAGAGGGAUCCUGCAGGUCCCCGGCUGGGAGUGGGCCGUGUUUCGACUCAGCCAUCCAGGAAUCAUCAGCAGCAUCGAGGUCGACACCAACCACUUCAAAGGUAACUUCCCGGACUCCUGCAGGAUCGAGGCUUGCUCUUUGACUGCUGAGGAGGAGGCUGAAGGCAUCAGAAGCAAGUGGAAUUCUGGGAAAUGGCAGGUCCUGCUUCCGCCACAGAAACUCCGUCAGCACCACAUUCACCUCUACAGCCGAGCCGAUCUGACUCUGAGCACGCCGGUCACUCACGUACGCCUCAUCAUCAGCCCGGAUGGAGGGGUCAGCCGGUUGCGCCUGUGGGGUCGGCCCACACCCAUCGCCACUGCUCCAGCCAAUGGGAAGAGAGCUGUGUCCAAACUUUGAUCCUUAAAACACAGAAAGAGGGUGUCAGAGAUCUGUUUGAUUUGUGAUGAUGUCACAGAUUGGCGAGGAAAUAAAGCAGGAA